CAACAGAGGAAGCAGGAGGUGGAAGAUGGCAGACAUAGUGGCAGUGACAAGAGCAGGGAGUGCAGGGCCGAGGAUGUGACUAGCAGGUCUAGGGGUGUGGCAGAAGUGGAGGCCCUCGUGACAAUGCAGCAGAUGUCAUGAGAUUAUAGGAGUCAGCAUCCUCUCUGCACUGUAUUGGAUGAUACAUGGAAUGUGCUAAAAUGUUACGAGAGAGAAAACUUUUGCGGCAAGAUCCUUCUGAGCAGUCGGAAACUACAACAGAAAUUGGGGCCUCAUCCUCUUCUGGUGUUACACUUGCCACCAACAAAUUGUCAAGUGGACAAAGAUGUCAGAAGACAAAGUGUUACUUUCCAUUCAGCAUGCUUCCAAUUGACUGUCAGCUCCAUAUCUUCUCUUUUCUCUCUGAGGUGGAGAAAUGCACAGCUGCCCUGGUCUGUUCAGAUUGGAGCAAGCUUAUGCGUACACCUCGUCUAUGGAGGGUGGCUGAUUUUAUGAGGUUGGGUGCAUUCCUGUCAGGUAUGGAUGGGGUGCUGGUUUCUGUGAGAGAGUUUGAAAGGUGGAAAGAGUGGGUACACCAGUAUGCUUACCACCUGACUUCCAGAGGAGCCAGUCUGCUUGUCCUCCGUGCUAGCUUUGACCUUGGAGACCAAAGGACCAAAUGGGCUGACUUCUUACUUCAGUUUCUAGAGAGUGUGCAUUGUGGAGAUUUGCAGGAGCUUGAACUGAAUUGGACUUUGACUCACUUGGAACCUUUAGAUUUUUAUCCUCCUGGAAGUAUGGCCCAGAUAUGUCUUGCUAAAACUGACCAGUUCAAUAGCUUCCAGACUCUGUUUGAGAGAUUGACUCGCACCUCUCCAAAACUGUGCCGAAUGAAGUUGCCUUUUGACUGGUCAGAACAUUCUGUUUCUCUUCUCACCCAAUUUCAACAUCUUAGAAUAUUAGAACUGAACUACUUCUGGGUAUUUAAGGGUGUCCAACCUGAAACAAUGCAAGAACUUACCAGGUCACUUCCAAAGCUCAAGACAUUAAUUCUCCAAGUUCUAGUGCCAGUGAAGGAUUUGGGGGUAUCCUACCCUUUAGAAUCCAGGUCAUUAGAGUUCUUAGACGUUUCUCAGAGUCGUGGACUAGUCUUCAGCCACCUUGACUUGCCUUCUUUGAAGGAGCUUAGGGUAAAAAAGACCAUUAGGGGAAUCAUUCUUAACCGUCGGACCCGGGUUGCCCUGCAGACUCGUUGGUCUUGUUUGUAUGACCUUUUGAAAACAGGAACUCCCAAACUUGAGGUGUUUAACUCUCAUCGGUUACUGCCCAGCUGGAGAACACAGAGUUAUUUGGAUCUCAGUGAAGUUUUGCUGCAAUCCUGCUACUGUAUACAACACACUGACACUUGGCUGCUCUAACUAUAUCAAUAUUAGUUUGGGGUUCUCAAACAGGCAAGGAGGAUCUGAUCAUUUAUUGAUCUCAUAAACUAAUAAAUUAAAGGUACAGUAAAGUCAAAAUUAAACUUCUGGUGUUCAUCUA